GUGAUUUUUAAUGCAAGAGUAGUCCUGGAUUGGGAAAAGGCAUAAGAAGAUACUCAACAUACAAUCUUGGUUAAGAGGGGAGCUACAGCUCUGGCAACAAGAUCCAGGGCCUUACUUCCAAGUUUCCAAUCCAUCUGGCAUGUGCCUCCAUUGACAUGACGAGAUGAUGCUGAAAUGUCAAAUUGCUGAUUCAUCAAUGAAAUGGCAUCGUUUUAAUACUACUUGCUUCUAUCAUUUUAUAAAACGGCAUCGUUUAGUCUGAUUUAUUCUCCCAGACAGCCUGAAUUAGGGUUUCAACAAAAGCGAAUAGAAGGAAAAGGAGGGAUGGCUGCACUGAUGCCCAGCGACAAAAGCAAAGCGACGCAUGACAACUGCUGCAUGGCAACGGAAGCGAAGCAACGCACGGGGACUGCUGCACAGGAAAGAAGAAAAUUUUCUGCUAGCAAGAGAAUUGGAAAUGGGUACUUUCGGAAGGCUGCUAUUGAAGCUCCUCUCUUUCUUUCCUUUCGGGUUCUUCAGAUUCUCCUUAGCUUCUCUCUUCUCUUUUUCAAUCUUCCAACUUUGGAACUAUCACCAUCUCUUUACAGUGGCAGCACCCAAUCUUCAAGCGGCGGUGACGAUGAGUUUGAUUCAAGGCCGCCGGCCGCGGACGGAGACCCUCUCGCCUUUCUUCAACCCUUCACUCAGCUUUGCCUCCUUCUCCAACCACCCACAACCACUCCCCCUUGUCGGUGCCGCCUCAGCAGCACCGGCUUCUCCCCCCAACUACCAUGUUGGAACCUUCCCCGCCGAAUCUUGGUCCCUUACCAAAUGCAAAUUCCCCCUACAAUCUUGAUUUUGUUUGGUCUAGGUCAGAACUAAGAGCCAAAUCCAAUUACACCAACCUUGACAACUUCACCGGUUUCUCAUCAUAAAGUCAAGCUCUCUUUGCUUCUGUCGCCGUGCAGCAGUUGCCGUUUUAUGAAAAUGACAGAAGCAAGAAGUAUUAAAACAGCACUGUUUCAUUAAUGAGUUUACAAUUUGACAUAUUAGUAUACCAUCUCAUCUUGUCACAUUAGUAUGGGGAUAUGUUUGAGUAAAUUAUGAUAUAAUUGAAAUUAAUCUUAAAGUGUUAGACACAAAUUAAAACAAUUCACAAAAAAGGAUUAAAUUAAAAAAAUAAUGAAAAGUUUAAGAUAAAUCAAGCUAUUAACCUUCUUUUUUUUAUUUUUUUUCCCCCUCAACUUGACUCAGGUUCGAUUUUGUGAACUGAUUGACUUUCUGUUGAGUUUGAGUAAAACCAUAGAGUGUACAUAUU